CCUCUAUCUCCCUCACCACGAUCCCUCGUGCAUCGCCUUCUUUCUCCACGGUUCUUGAACUUGAAGCGGUUCUUCAUCUAGGGGCUUUUCAUUGUUUUUGCAAGCAACUGCUCGAGACGAAAAGAAGAAAUGGAUGUUCUGCAUUUCUUGUUCGGUAUUUUUGGAAACGCCACUGCUCUGUUCCUCUUCUUGUCGCCGACGAUAACAUUCAAAAGGAUCAUAAAGAGCAGGUCUACGGAGGAGUUCUCAGGCAUUCCCUAUGUCAUGACCCUCCUUAACUGCUUGCUUUCUGCUUGGUACGGCCUUCCGUUCGUGUCGCCGAACAACCUCUUGGUGUCGACGAUCAACGGCACCGGCGCCGCGAUCGAGUCCGUGUACGUCGUGAUCUUCCUCAUCUACGCCCCGAGGAAGGAGAAGGCCAAGAUCCUGGGCCUCCUCACGUUUGUGCUCACCGUGUUCUCCAUCAUCGCCUUCGUGUCCCUCUUCGCUCUCCACGGUAAAGCAAGGAAGCUCUUCUGCGGCGUCGCCGCCACCGUCUUUUCCAUCAUCAUGUACGCUUCACCCCUGUCGAUCAUGAGGCUGGUGAUCAAGACAAAGAGCGUGGAGUACAUGCCCUUCUUCUUGUCCCUGUUCGUGUUCUUAUGUGGCACUUCCUGGUUCAUCUAUGGCCUCCUUGGCCGUGACCCAUUCGUCGCUGUACCCAAUGGGUUUGGAUGUGGGCUUGGGGCAAUGCAGCUGAUAUUGUAUGCCAUUUAUCAUAACAACAAAGGCGAGCCCAAGAAGAAAGUGAACAACGACGGCUCUAUGGAGAUGAUUGGCGAGACAGAGAAAGCUGCCGACCGUGACCCGGUGAAGCAUCAGCUCAAUCUGAUGAACAAACAAGUAGAUGAGCAGGUUUAGAUGAUAUUGCAUUAGUGACUGUCGUCUUUUGACUCUCGCAUCACAUCACCCUCAUGUACACUUGAAUUGAUCCCCAUCUAGAAUCUCACCAGAAUGGCAUGUUUGUUUCGUGAUUGCAUCGGAUAAUGCAGUGGCUAUAUGUGUUUGUUGUUUUGCACAGUUUAUAUAAGAAGGUGAUGUGAGAAUGCACAUACAA